AUGACAGCGGAGGAGAAAAAAUCUAUCCACAGCCGAUUUCAGAGACAUUGCAGCACAUUAUUUUGGAAGUCUUAUCUCCAAAGACAACGUAGAUGGCGAAUCCUAGUAAUGGAAACAUUAUUCGCUCUCUGCCUCUACUCCAUAUCUGUGUACAUCGCGAAGCCAGUGUUCAUGACGCCAAUCGAAGCGAUACCAGAACCACCGCUCACGUCUGCUGACAUCAUAGCGUCUCUCAACACGCAGAAUAUACUCGGAUAUGCGCCUGACAUCCCCCCGUAUACGUAUAUUAUGAACAAGGCUGCUGGGCGGUUGGGUGUCGAUACAAUGAGUGCGUCGACCGAGGAUGACCUUAACAAUAUGCUGUACAAUCGGUCUCAGGGUACGCCGAUAAAUAACCCGAUCAUAUGGGUUAUUUGGAAGCUGGAGGUAAACAGAAUGUGGAGAUUCAGCAUUCGUAGUACAGAGCGAGCCCGCUACGCAACUAGGCCAGAAAACACGGUGUCGCACAACCCUCACCUGAGGAGUGGGUUCCUGGCCGUCCAGCUGGCUGUCAGCGAAGCACUGCUGGAACAUGUCAGUGUUACACCACCUUCAUAUGAGUUAAGUCUAGUGUCCAUGCCAGUAUCACCAUUAAUGCAAGAGAACAGAGUAAGGCAGGCUAUCUCGGGGAUACUUCUGUGCUUUACUCUGGCUUUGUUACCUCCAGUUUUGGAAACCCAAGCGCUGGUUGUUAAGGAGACUAUCAAUAGAUUUAAGCGCGCCCUCCGCCUCCGCAACGUAGACUACUCAUCCAUGUACCUCGGCUGGCUGGUGUACGCCUACCUCACGGUCCUACCUGUCUGCCUGCUCGGUAGCACGUGUCUGCUGCUGAUCUUCAGGUGGAUCCACCUGCUGUACAGCUUCGUGAUACUGCUCGCGUACGUGUCGGUUAUGAUUAUGCUGGCGAUGAUCAUGUCUAUGUUUCAUGAUACAGCGUGGGUUGCAAUCGUAUGGACGACACUGUUCACACUGAUGCAGAUGUUCGUGGCGGAGCUGAUCAUCCACCACCAGAUCGACUCCGCGCACCCGGCUCUCACCUUCCUCCUGCAUGUGAUCAUACCGCCCCUGGGGCUGCACCACGCGAUGAAUGAGUUUGCGCUGCUGCAGACUGGACAGGAAAACCACUGGGAGGGACAGUCCAUAAUAUUUACGACGUUCUUCUGGCUCUUCUUGAUAGCCGCAUACUUCAGCGUGUUGAUGUUAUUGCAGCGCACGGUAAAACAGAUAGCAAUAGGAGGAGAAGUGUCAUGGAAGACGGUUCUGUUUAAGAAAGUUGAGGACGUAAACGUGCUGCAUAAAAUUGAAAAUCCGACUGGCAGGGAACGGGACAAAUUGCAAGAGGUAGACGAAUUUGUAGCGAAGGCUAUUAGUAUGCGUAACGUGUCCAAGAGUAUAAUGGAUCGUCCGGUUCUAAAUAAUAUAACGUUAGAUAUUUACCGGGGCGAGUUUACGAUUCUCCACGCAGAACUCAUACAAGUGAAAAUGAUGACCACAUUUGAAGAUCUUAUCACGGGAUUGACUCUUCCUGACAAAGGCAGUAUUAACAUCCUCGGUGAGGAGCUAAGGCCUGGAUUGAAUCUAAUGUCAAUGCAGACAAUGAUGGGCUAUUGCCAUCGCAGUGAAUUUCUCAUUGAUGAUCUGACGGUUGAAGAGCACUUUAUAUUCUUUGUUUCUAUCUGUCUUUGGAACGAAACAAGCCAAUACGUGUCGGAGUAUGGACAUUUGAGAUCGAAAUAUCUCCUCAAAGAGUGCGGUUUGGAGGGAGUGAAAAGGGAGUACAUACGGAAUUUGGACGGAUAUUAUAAAGGACAGCUGUGUUGGGCGAUUGCAAUGCUUUUGGAGCCUAGGAUAAUUAUAAUACCUCAUUUCACUGGGGAUCCACACUAUACAGCGGUUAUCAAGGAUAAAAUUAUGCUAUACAGGAAAUACAUUACUUUGAUAAAAGUGAGUUAUGCCAGUGUGUAUAUGGAGUAUGCAGACCGUGUGUUUAUUUUUGACAAUAGAGCUUUGGUUUUUGGCGGCACUCCUGCUUAUAUGUUUUUCAAAUACGGUCGAGAAUACAGACUAAGAAUAACAUUCAGAAAGAAUAGAUACACGGAAGGGAAGGAUGAAUUAUUAGAUAAAGCUUCAGAAGUUGGAGCUACUGUAAGGGCCCAUUUGGGUACCUUACUGAUAUUGCGAGUUCCUACACGACCUACUGGGAAAGUAGCGGAUUUUGUUAAAACUCUGAAUGAUAAUGAAUCUAAAUACGGCAUUCUAUCGAUUUCUAUUAGCAUUGCUGAUUCGGAGGAGAUUUGUAACAGAGCUAUCUUUGAAUCACGAGCUUCGAUUCACGGAACACCAGAAACUCACGAACUUUCUAGAACAGCUCUAGCACAUCUAAUGGAUGAAAAUCCUGAAAGAGAAGAUGUACAAUUUAAGAAUGUUACUCAUUUGACGUACAUUGGACAGAAGUUCACUUCGUUUUAUCGACACUACCGAGUUAUUUUAGUCAGUACGGUAUUGUCUGCAUUAAUUGCUGGAGUGUUCAUCGGUCUAUCUUUGUCUCAAGUUUUGACUGAUAUAGAACACGAUCGAGUUGCUAAAAAGAUUCUGCACGGUGAUAUUUUAACAGUGGAAGCGUUAGAACAGAAAACGACAUUGGUAUUACAAUCUGAUAAUUCAAGCGCCGCUCAAUCGAUAGCCAAUGCAUACGUGUUAUCCGAAACGAACGCAGCGGAAAAAGAAAUUGAGAAUAUGGCAUACACCGCUCUUCAACAUACAGAAAGCAUCUCGGAAUAUCUGGUGACUAGGGCCAUAGACUCUCCCCAGCAUUAUGUUUACAUGUUCGCUUAUGGAAUGGAAGUAUCGUCCAUUAAUGACAUAAUAUCGAUUAAAGUAUUAUACAGUCCAAUACAUUACGACCACGGAGCGGCUGCCAGGUCUUUAGCUCGCGUAUACAUGGCGCUGAUGAGGCAUUAUACCAUGGCUCCAGACUCCACUAUUCAGGUCACUGAUGACCCACUAGCGUUGGAUCUUACACCAUGGGUAAAGUAUGCAGAACACCCGCCUAUAUUUAUACAAUUUCUGCUGAUUCUAACAAUAUCACACAUGAUUCUGAUACCGUCUUUGGAGAGCGGGUUUAUAAGACAUACACAGUGCUACACCAUAAACUUCUCCCCACUUCGAUAUUGGUUCUCAAUGUUUCUAUGUGAUCUUAUUCUCUAUUGGAUUCUUGUGGCUGUGAUGUCAGGGGCGAUUGUGGGAAUCAUGACUUUAGUGGCUCCCUUCUAUUUUGGCGUGUCUGAUAUAGCAAUAAUAACCGUGAUAUUGGCGGUAUAUGGAAUCGGUUGCAUACCACAAGCCUAUCUAUUUAGCUUGGGCCCACGUGCGGCACUGAAUUCCAUGAUUUUCAUCAUGGUGAAUAUCGUUUUUGGUGAAACUACAGUAUUAGCUAAAUUGUUUUACGGCAAUGCUCUUGAUUAUGUCCUGAAUUUCCUAAGUUUCUCGCCGCAAUUCAAUAUGGCGUACGCUUUAAUUAAGAUUAAGAAAAUCUUUCUAUAUAAUAGCGAAUGCAAUAUAUUCAAACGGCGAAAUCUCUGCUCGUCGAAAACUCUCCACAAGUGUUGUCCAAAAUGCGGCGUCCUGCAGCAAUGUUUCUCGAGGCAGUAUUAUCUCCAAAACGCGCCUGGAGUCCGCAUGGAGAUAUUUGCGAUGUUCUCUAUAGCCAUUGUUUUCACAGCUAUUCUGCUUAUUUGGGAAUAUAAAUAUAUCCAAAGGUUCUGCUCGUACGUCAUUUGCAAAUGGAUUUAUAUUGACAAAAAGGAAACUAGUCUUGACUCAUUGGGUGUUUUACAAGAAAAGGAAGAUGUUGUAAAUAAAACUAUUGAAAUGAGAUCUAAAACAUCAAUCAAAAGGGACACGUUCGGAGAGUAUCUUCUCGCGUCCAAUGUAUCUCAACUACACUAUGGGAAGUAUGUCAUCAAACAUAUUAACUUAGGGAUUGGCAGGGGUGAAGCAUUGGCAUUAUCUGGUUUACUCCAUCAUGGAAGACUGAAGCUUUGCGAGUUACUGGCUGGCUUAAAAUUGCCCAACGAAGGCAAACUAUGGAGCAUGUCUAAAUGGAGUUUGGAUAGAAAUCCAUAUCAGUAUAGUCGUCAAAUAAGCCUAAGUUGUCGGCACAAUCCUCUACCUCAUUGGAUGACAGUGUACGAUGCGCUGGCUCUCAUAGCAGUGCUUCGUGGAGUGCCAAGAUCGGACGUGAGGAAGGAGAUUAGCAAUUAUAUUGAUGCGCUUGAAUUGCACAAUUUCACAUACAAGCUCAUUCAAUACCUGGAACCCAACGAACAAACGCGCAUACAUUUCGCCGCUGCAGUCAUCGGAGCCCCUCCGGUUAUAAUCCUGGAUGAAUGCACGGCAUACCAGAAAUACUCUGUUCAGCGCGCUAUGUACUCGAUUAUCCAUAAGUUGAGGAAACGUGGACAUGCUAUACUUAUCUGUUCUAGCAGUGUUGAAAGCCACAUGCCGAUCACGAAUCGCUUGGCCAUAUUCGUGAAUGGCGGCAUCUAUGACAUAGACUACGUGGAUAAUCUAAUAGAACGGUAUAGCGAUAAGGGGUAUACCGUAGUGAUACACCUCAAGAACGAAAUAGAUGUGGAGAGAAUGUUCUCGAAAUAUUUCAAGAUGUUUAUAAUCAAUGAUGUAACUGAGGUGCUCGCUAAUGUUCAAGUUUUAGACGCUGAUUUGACUUGGGCAACGAUUUUUGAAAAGAUGGAAAAGCUACAAGCUGAAAACCAUAAUGUGUAUUCAUAUGUUGUGUCGUCUGUGCCCAUAGACUACAUAUACAAUAGCAUAUUAAGCAGUGAAUCUGGCCAAAUGGAUGAUGUGGAACCAAAGUCUAUCUUUACUAAGUAUUUGUGCCAAUCAAAGCCAAAGAAAAGGCCAAAUAAACAAGCCCUGGCGAAGUUAAUACCGUUUGAAAAGAAAUAUUCCAUAACCAAGCUUAAAGAGUUGCCAUGGUCUGUUAUUUUCCACAGAUAAAAUAUAUAAUGGUAGCCACAGAUUAAAAUAGAUAAUAUAAGCUUUAUGACGUGAAGCAUGUUAGUUGGCAUUGUUAAUAUAUUAAUUAAUGAUAUUAUAAAGAAGUAAAACAUAUUUGUUUUUAAAUUUAAUUUAUUUUGUUAAAAUAAGC